CUGACCUUCUCUUUCCCAACACCAGAAAAAUAAAAAAAAAUCUUCCCCUCACUUCUUCUGUUUCCACGUAAAAAAACAGGCGAGCGGUACCGACUGUUUGAGGAGAGAGAUUAUUGUUAUAGAGGGAGUACUCAUCAUCAUAUAUUCAAUAUUCUUCAUUCUUUUUCCAUGGUAUACUUUCUUCAACAACAUCAAUGGCGGAAAUUUGCUGUGGAGUAGCACUUAAUAAUACCGGUAAAAAUCCAGUAAUUUCUAGCUCAUGUGAAACUUCCUCUACACAAGCUGCUCGGAGACGUAGGAUGGAGAUCAGACGGUUCAAAUUCGUCGCCGGAGUUUCUACACCUGAUGAAUCUGAAAUUAUCGACGGAACAAAGCGUCAAAGGAUAGAAAUCACUCGUACGACGUCGUGUUCAAGUGAAUGUAUUGAGAAUUGUGUUUCUGAUGUUCGUGUAAGAGAUAUGAUUAAGAGUAGUAGUGAUAAUGAAAAAGAUCAAAAUAAAUUUGAAACUACGACGUCGUUUCAUCAAUCGCGUACGAAAUCCGUAGGAUUCUCGUCGUCGUUGGAUUCAAUUAUCGAUAGUAAUGAAAAUAGUAUCAAUGGAGUUCCGAAAUUUGGCGUCGCUUCAGUUUGUGGAAGACGACGAGAUAUGGAAGAUGCAGUCGCAAUUCAUCCUUCGUUUUUUCGGUCGGAAAAUAAUAAUUCAGAUUUGCAUUACUUCGGUGUUUACGACGGCCAUGGAUGCUCUCACGUAGCGAUGAAGUGCCGAGAUAGAUUUCACGAUUUGGUGAAGGAGGAAAUAGUGGUGGAACCAGAAUGGCAAGUAGCAAUGGAGAGGAGUUUUAGUAAGAUGGAUAAAGAAGUGAUAGUAAGCAACGAAGGAGUUGUUGGUAAUUGUAGGUGUGAAUUGCAAACACCGGAGUGUGAUGCGGUGGGAUCCACCGCUGUUGUUGCCGUCGUUAGUCCAGAGAAAAUUGUGGUUGCGAAUUGCGGAGAUUCGCGGGCUGUGCUUUGCCGUAAUGGCAAAGCCUUCCCGCUUUCCUCCGAUCAUAAGCCGGACCGGCCGGAUGAGCUGAAUCGGAUCCAAGAAGCUGGUGGUCGGGUCAUAUUUUGGGAUGGGCCUCGGGUACUUGGAGUACUCGCUAUGUCAAGAGCUAUUGGGGAUAAUUACUUGAAGCCAUACGUAAGCUGUGAACCAGAGGUGACAAUAACAGACCGGACAGCAGACGAUGAUUGUCUGAUAUUAGCAAGUGACGGAUUGUGGGAUGUUGUAUCCAACGACACUGCAUGUGGUGUGGCGAGGAUGUGCCUUAAAGGGAAGGUGCCACCAGCGACGUUAACGCCAGAGGUUGAAGAGAUCAUUGGUACAUGUGAAGGAAACGCCGAUAAAGCAUGUUCAGAUGCUGCAAUGUUGCUUACUAAGUUGGCUCUAGCUAGGCACAGCACCGAUAACGUGAGUGUUGUUGUCAUUAAUCUAAGGAAGGAUACCUAGAAAAGAAGUGCAUCUUCCGUUGAAUAUUGGAGACGGACCGACUCGCGACUAUGUAGUGUUCGGGACGGAGUAAACAUAAUAUCAUACUAGCUAGCUAUAUAAGAUCAAAAAUGAAAGGAAAUGGAAAUGGGUAAUAUUUCCCCUCCUUUUUGUAGGAUUUUUUUUCCUUUUUGAGAUUUGAUUUUAUAGAUAGCUAGUAGUUGAUACUCUCUUUUUUUUCUCUCUAUGCUUUUUGGUGGCCUUAUUUGUUGUAAGGUUUGAGUGUGUGAGCCUUGGAGAGUUCUGUAAAGCAAAAGAUGCUUUGACGUGGGAAAAAAAUUAAAGGGGGUUUAUUAGGCAGGAGGAUUGUCUCCAAAUGUAAGGGGAAAAUACCCAAAUGUAAUGAGACUUGCUUUCAAUCUACGGUAAUAGAACAACAUCAAAGGUA